CUGUCUACUUUAUCGGCGCUCAACAUUCGCUUCUAUUUUAUCGAAAAUGGCUGAUGUUUUGAGUCCAGAGAUUUGGAAAAAUUGGGAAAAGAAUGGAAAAUCCGAAUUCGUAAAAUCGUGUAUACAAAUCAUCAAGGAUGAAGGGAAAAGUGUUGUAUUUGAAAAGGAUAAACGAAUAAACAACCUUACCCAAUACAUCAACGAUUUGAUUAUAAGGGGCAUUUAUGGACCCUUGAAAAAAGAGUCUGUUGUUAACACUUUGCAAGAAUUAGUGACCUUACACAAUGAUAUUCCAUCUAUUAUUCUCGAUAUUUUAAAUAUAGCAGAUGCUGACACAUCUGUUUUUGACAGUCAAAAUGAAGAUUCUAAAGAAAGGGCUAACUUUUGUUAUAUUGUCAAGGAAUGUGAAAAGUUUUUAUCAGAUAAAUUGCUUAAGGAAAGAUCAGAGCUUGAUACUUUAUUAGAAGUUGGUAUUUUGAAGAACAGAAAUUUUUAUACCAAGUUUAUUAAAGUCAAAACUAAGUUAUACUAUAAACAACGAAAAUUUAACUUAUUUAGAGAAGAAAGUGAAGGUUUUGCUAAAUUAGUAACUGAAUUAAACCAAGAAUUUGGUGAUCAUGUAACUCAUAAACACUUAUUAGACAUCGUCCAAUCAUUAAUUGGAUGUUUUAAUUUGGAUCCAAAUCGUGUUCUUGAUGUGAUACUAGAAAGUUUUGAAAAUAAACCAAACGAUACCAAACUUUUCAUUCCUUUGAUACGUUCCUAUAUGAACGACCCAAAAAUAAUAUGUGAAGUUUUAGGAUCGAAAUAUAUUUUUUAUAGGAACACUAACGAAAAAGUUCCAAAAUCUUUGUGUGUUUUAACAGCACAGUUACUUCAGCAUAACAUUAUUAAUUUGGAUGAUAUUUAUAUCUGGUUGAGUCCUGAUGAUAAAACGAUGCAAAAAGAAUGUGAAAAAGAUAUGAAAGAUGCAAAAGAAUACGUAAGAAAACUGCAAAUUAUCUCAAUUAGUAACAAAGAAAAAGAGGAAACACCGGAAGAACGAGAUAAUCCCGUUGAAAGAUAUUAUUUUAAUCAAAAGUUCGGUCUUUGCGAAGCUUUGGUUAAAAUUGGCGAUUGGAAAAACGCUCAAACUUUAAUGAAAAGAUUACCUGAACAUUACGCGAUUGAGCAAGAACCGAUUGCUGUUUCUUUGUGCGAUUUACUUCAUCGCAUAAUCGAACCGGUUUAUAGACAAAAUUGGAAAAUUGGAACUAAAAUUUUAGGAAGAGUCAUAAAGCUCCAUACGAAUCCUUUAGCACCAACUCCAGCUUAUACAUUUAUGGAUCUCAGGGAAACGGUAAUUCCCAUGUUACUUCUUUUAGGACCUUCGCUUCGUUACGAUUCCGUUUUAAUGUACAAAAUAAUACGUAUAGCUAAACUAGCGUUGUCUUCUUAUGGAAUUGAAAAUCAUCGUUCGAUAAUUCCAACAAACGAUACAUUGUACUAUGACGUUAUCACUUUAUUGGAUACAACAAUUUUACCUUCUUUAUCAUAUAUGGAUUGUAAUUGUUCGGUGGCGGAAGAAAUUUGGAGUCUUUUAAAGUUAUAUCCAUAUCAAACCAGAUAUUGUUUGUAUAGUAGAUGGAAAAAUGAAACUUAUUCACUUUACCCAGAGUUAUUACGUAAAAGAGGUGACUCUGAAAAACAAAUUAAAAAUAUUAUGAAACGAGUCAGUAAAGAAAAUAUUAAGCCAGUUGGAAGAUUAAUUGGGAAAUUAACGCAUAGUUCGCCGGGAUUUUUAUUCGAUUAUAUUUUAUUACAAAUCCAAGUUUAUGAUAAUUUAAUCCAUCCUGUAGUUGACUCCUUAAAAUAUUUAACAAGUCUUUCUUAUGAUGUACUUGGGUUUUGCCUUAUUGAAUCAUUAGCUAACGCAGAUAAAAAGCGAGUUAAACAUGAUUCUACAUCAAUUUCAAGUUGGUUACAAAGUUUAUCAAGUUUUUGUGGGGCCGUUUUUAAAAAAUAUAACAUAGAACUAACCGGAUUAUUGCAAUACGUUGCCAACCAAUUAAAAGCACAAAAAAGUUUGGAUUUACUAAUUUUAAAAGAAAUUGUUCAAAAAAUGGCGGGAAUUGAAGCUGCUGAAGAUUUAACUGUCGAACAAUUAAACGCUAUGGCCGGUGGAGAACUUCUUAAAGCAGAAGCUGGAUAUUUUAGCCAAGUUAGAAACACAAAAAAAUCUUCUUUGCGUCUCAAGGAAGCGAUGGCCGAUCAAAACUUGGCGGUCGCAAUGUGCUUGUUGAUGGCCCAACAAAAGUAUUGCGUAGUUUACCGAGAAACACAAAAAAGCCAUAUUAAAUUGGUUGGGAAAUUAUCUGAUCAAUGCCAAGAUACUUUGGUGCAAUUUGGAACUUUCUUAGGUUCAACUCUUUCAGUUGAUGAAUACGUAAAUAAGUUACCUUCUAUACAAAGUAUGCUUCUUGAUUAUCACAUUCCGAAUGAAGUUGCUUUCUUUUUGGCCCGACCCAUGUUUAAUCACGCUAUAAAUCAAAAAUAUGAUCAAUUACGCAAAGCUGAUCCAAAUUAUAAAAAGAUGUCAACAUCAGCAAAACAACAAAAAUAUUACGAUGCUGUACAAGACUUUAUGGCGCCAGUACAUAAAUCGGUGAUUCCGUUACAUCUUCCUAAAGUAUGGGAGGAUGUUUCACCACAAUUUUUAACAACGUUUUGGUCCUUAACAAUGUAUGAUUUGUAUGUUCCUGAAGAAACUUAUCAACAAGCGAUAAAUAAAAUAAAACAGCAAUCAUUGAAUGCAAUGGAUACAAACACAAGCAAAGGGAAAAAGGAACAGGAAAGGUAUUUAACUUUAAUAGAGAAAUUACAGGAUGAAAAACGAAAGCAAAAUGAGCACGUUGAAAAAGUUUUAUUCCGUUUAAAACAAGAAAAAGAUUCAUGGUUUUUAUCGCGAUCUGGAAAAUCGGCCAGAAAUGAAACAAUAACUAGAUUUUUACAACUUUGUAUUUUUCCACGAUGUACUUUUACAGCGGUCGACGCUGUUUAUUGUGCUAAAUUUGUUCAUACUAUUCAUAUGUUAAAAACAGCGAAUUUUUCUACGUUAUUAUGUUAUGAUAGAUUAUUUUGCGAUGUAACAUAUUCAGUAACAUCUUGUACAGAAAAUGAAGCGAUGCGUUAUGGUAGAUUUUUAUACGCAAUGUUAGAAACGGUAAUGCGUUGGCAUAAAUCAAAGGAAGUGUUUGAAAAAGAAUGCGCAAAUUAUCCUGGUUUUGUGACGAAAUAUCGUAUAAGUAAUCAAUAUUGCGAUAAUUUGGAUAAAGUUGGUUACGAAAAUUACCGCCAUGUUUGUCAUAAGUGGCACUAUAAAUUAGCCAAAGCAAUGAUAAUCUGUUUGGAAUCGAAAGAUUAUGUUCAAAUUCGAAAUUCACUGAUUAUUUUGAUCAAAAUCAUACCCUUUUUCCCAAUUUUAUCGAAAUUGAUUCAAAUUAUCGAGAAGAGAAUCGAAAAAUUAAGGGACGAAGAGAAAAAUAAAAGGCAAGAUCUUUUUACUUUAGCUACAAGCUAUUUAGGACAAUUAAAACAGAGGAUUGCGAGUGGGCAUGUUAUGCAAGAAAGCGAAUUUCAUCAAAAUGUUGAAAAAGAAAAGACCAAAGUACACGAAAGUAAAAGUCAAGAAAUUGGUGGAAAUAAUAAUAUGAAACAAAAUGGGGAAACAAAAACAGAUCAAUUGGAUGUAAAAGAUGUAAAAGAGAAAGAAAAAUGGGACAAAAAAAUAACCAGACCUGAAUCUGGAUCAAAAUCACAAAAUAAUUCACAAUCCCAAAUGUCAAAUGAUAGUUCAAGUUCUGACCGGUUGGAAAGAGAUCGAACUCCAAAAGAGGAACGUGAAAAGCACAGUCGUAAAGAGGAAAAACGCGAUGAAUCUGAACGCGAUCGAGAAAGAGAGAAAAGACGAAACGAUCGCAAAGAGGAGAAACUUAUGAAAGAAGAGAAAUUAUAUAGGGAGGAAAGGUACAUAGAAAUAAUAAAUCCAAAAGAUGAACCAAGGUACGGAAAUGAGAGAAGCCAAUCGGAUCGUUAUUAUGAUGAACGGAGCCACUAUUUCCGCGAAAUGAGAGACGACCGCGAUUUGAUGACCUCCGCCAAUUCAACUUCCGGUAGCAUGUCCAGGCAUAGUCAGGAACCCACCGAACCAGACAGAGACGUAAAAAGAAGAAAGGUGGAUAAUUCAUCAUCGAAGAGUUACAACAAGCACGAAGAACGCAAAAUCCAGCUCCAACAGCAACAGCUGCAGCAACAACAGCAACAGGCCUCCACCAUUCAACUUGAUUACACCAUUGAGAAAUCGGAUAAAAAGGAACGUUCAUCCAGAUCAAAGGAUAAAAAGGAUAAAGUCAGUGAGGAGGAGAAAGAAUUAAGGAAAGAGAGGAAGUUGGUUCGAAAAAGAGAUCGUGCUGAAGAAGCGAUGAUUCAAGCGGAGAUGAAACGAAGAAGAGAUGAUGAGAAGAAUAAAAUAUCUCAUCAAAAUGGAGAUUUAAUGGAAUCUCCUCAUAACACAAGGGAAAAACAUCAUCAUUCAAGGGAAAAAUCUCCAUAUAAUACAAGAGAACGAUCUCAUGACAGAGUCGAAUUACGAGAAAAACAUAGUAGACGUCCUGUGGAAAGUAAAAGAAGAUGAUUGAUGCUGCGUUAGAAUAAAAUUUUUUUUUUUCGUGUCUGGUUCCAAUGAACUGUUUAGUGGUUAGGUUUUAUAAUAAGCAUUAAGUAGUUUUUUGAAUGUACAAGUAGAUGUUUCUAUCAGCAAAUAUUAUGAUUAUUACAUGUUUUUUCGAUUUUAUUUUGACUUCAUAAUCAAGAAUUUUUUGUCCUAUAUUUUUUUUUGAACAUACACUUACGGAAAUUUGUUAGAAAUAUAUUUGUAAAAGAUA